GUUUCAAAUGUUACGCAACCAGGAAAUUGAAACUGAAAACAGAGGCAAAGGCAGCGAGGACAAGCAGUAAAGGGGUGACAAGGCACCGUGCUACUUCAUUUCAUUGCCACCAUGCAUCAAAACAUUGAGGAAGUCGAGGCAGAGAAAAGUACUAGGAGGCUCCGGGAACUGUUCCAUGCAAAGGAGAUUCCUGUGGCCGCGGCUGAAACCUUGAUGAGUAGGUACGACAAUGAAUAUGAUCUGGUGGCUGAAGAGAUCAUCCGGCUUAAGGAGCAAGCUGAAGAUGCUGAUGGUAAUGAACCUGAAGAUUUGGAAGAAGAUAACGUGGAUCGGGACCUACAGGAUAUUGCGGAACGUUUACGGAAUCUUCCGCUGACACAGGCGAACUUGGAAAUGUUUAACUUGGCGAAAAGGAAUGAAAUUCCCCGAGAACAAAGGCAGUUUGCUUGCUCGUGUUCUGACUGGGAUUGGUGGCGGGAGGUGCCUGAGAGAAAGCAGGUAUCAAGAUGCCGUAGGUGCAAAUGCACAUAUGAGCCAGUGCCGAGGGACCAGGAGUGGGGUGUUGCUGAGUAUAAUUGUCCCAACUGCAACCGUUCGUUCAGAGGAUACGGUCAGAUGGGUCUUCCUGCCCCAUGUUACCGCUGUCGUGGUGUUGUCCUACCCACCCGUAUCAUACCACGGGUGCGGGAUCGCAGGGCACCUGGAAUCGGCAGGCGGCAGCAGCACAGCUGCUGUGCAGAAGACUGUUACAACAGAGAAGAGCCCUAUGUCCCCGGGACUCACUGCGUCCAUCCCGAAACACGGAGGGUUCGUGGUCUCCCCAGGAUUCUGCUGCCCUGCGACCCCCACGAGUCCACUGGCUCCACCGUGGCCAGCUGCAUCAGCCAGGGCUCCAUGAUGGAGUGUGAUGUUGAGGAAAUCAUCCUGGAGGACCUGAACAGAAUCCAGGAGGAAGACGAAGGUGAAUGACCUGCAGCCCAGUGGUUCUGUGGAAUUCUCAACGCUGUCCAUCUGGAGGAACGAUGGAUGCUCAGGCAUCCAGCAGCUUUGAAAGACGGGGAAAGUGACACAAGGCUUAGAUUUGUUCACACAAGGCUUACUGGAGAGGGGAAGCUUGGCAUUUUUCUUAAUUAAAACCACUCUUCCAGGUCUGUAUAUUUCAGCGAAACGGUCCACAAAAUAAAAAUUUCUUUCAUAAUUUUCUUCCCUUUUCAUAUCUCAGAUUCAGAUUUAUUUAUCACAUGUACAUUGAAACACAAUAAAAAGUAUUAUUUGUGUUAGCAACCAACACACCCAAGGAUGUGGUAUGGACAGCACACAAGUGCCACUACAUAUUCCGAUGUCAACACAGCAUACCCAGCAGAACAACACUGAACACAACAAGCAACAAAACAACAACAGCAAAACAAGCCCCUCCCUCCCAGCCAGCCACCCACCCACCCACACACACACACACAAGGACAGA